AUGAAGUGGUUGUUCGAGGUGCUUUUCUCUCCCCUCCCCACUCCGGCGACAGUCGUCCUGUUUGGCCUGGGCGCUCUCGCCCUGCUCUACCUCAACACCAGGCCCAAACCCCUGCGGCCGGCUGUGGAUCUGAACCGGCAGACUGUGGGCAUUGCGGGCGGAGCAAGGAGGAGUGGCCUUCUGGAAGGUGACGACCUGCUAUCGUAUUUACACGAGGAUGCAAGGACUCUAUAUGAAGUUUUCCAAAGGGGAUUGCAUGUCUCAGGCAAUGGACCGUGCUUGGGGUUCAGGAAGGCUGGGAGGCCAUACCAGUGGCUGAGAUACAAACAGGUGUCAGACAGGGCCGAGUACCUGGGCUCGGGGCUGCUUCACAGGGGCCACAAACCCUCGCCGGAUUCGUACGUCGGCAUCUUCGCUCAGAACCGACCGGAGUGGAUUAUCUCCGAGCUGGCCUGCUAUACGUAUUCCAUGGUGGCGGUUCCUCUGUAUGACACCUUGGGUCCCGAGGCACUGGUUUUCAUCAUUAACAGAGCAAACAUAUCUACAGUACUCUGUGACAAGCAGGACAAAGCAGAGACACUUGUUGCUAACUGUGAGAAAGACCUUACACCCAUGCUCAAAACUAUCAUCAUCAUGGACCCGUUUGAUGCUGCUCUGACGGAAAGGGCCUCAAAGACUGGAGUGGAAGUCCUGCCUCUGAAGGAUGUGGAGGCUCUGGGCAAAGAUAAUCUUCAAAAGCCAAUACCACCAAAACCAGAGGACUUGAGUAUAGUGUGCUUUACCAGUGGAACUACAGGUGAUCCAAAGGGAGCCAUGUUAUCCCAUGAAAACGUGGUCGCAGAUGCUGCCAGCUUCGUUAAGAGCUUCGAGAGCGUCUACACUCCGCUCACCACCGACGUGUCCAUCUCGUUCCUGCCGCUGGCUCACAUGUUUGAGCGGGUCGUGCAGACAGUGCUGUACGGUGCCGGUGGAAGGGUGGGCUUCUUCCAGGGUGAUGUCAGACUGCUGGUGGAUGACAUGAAAACACUGAGACCCACUGUUUUCCCAGUGGUCCCACGUCUUCUUAACCGUGUGUAUGAUAAGGUCCAGAGCGGGGCACAGACUCCAUUCAGGAAGUGGCUCCUGAACUUCGCCAUUGAAAGGAAACAUGCGGAGGUGAAGCGGGGCAUCAUCAGGAACGACAGCAUAUGGGACAGGCUCAUCUUCCGCAAAGUGCAGGAGUCUCUGGGGGGCUGUGUGCGAGUGAUAGUGACAGGGGCCGCUCCCAUCUCCCCCUCGGUUCUCACCUUCCUCAGGGCAUGCCUCGGGUGCCAGAUAUUUGAGGCAUAUGGCCAAACAGAGUGCACAGCCGGCAGUACCAUCUCCCUACCUGGGGACUGGACCACUGGACAUGUUGGCAUACCUGUUCCAUGUAAUGUGGUCAAACUAGUAGAUGUGGAAGAGAUGAAUUAUUUUACAUCGAAUAAUGAAGGGGAGGUUUGCAUAAAAGGGAAGAAUGUGUUCAGUGGCUAUCUGAGAGACCCAGAGAGGACUUCGGAGGCCCUCGACAAAGAUGGAUGGCUACAUACUGGAGACAUUGGAAAAUGGCUCCCGAAUGGGGUUUUGAAGAUUAUCGACAGGAAGAAGAACAUCUUCAAACUGGCCCAGGGCGAGUACAUUGCCCCUGAAAAGAUUGAAAAUGUUUACAUACGGAGUGCCACAGCUGCACAAGUGUUCGUUCACGGGGACAGUUUGCAGUCCUGCUUAGUGGCCAUAAUAGUGCCAGACCCUGAAGUUCUUCCUGCUUGGGCUGAGAAGCUGGGAGUUAAAGGCUCACUACAGGAACUGUGCAAAAACCAGCAAAUUAAAAAAGCCGUACUCUCAGACCUCGUCAAACUGGGCCGAGAAGCAGGACUCAAGUCCUUUGAACAAGUUAAAGAUCUGCACCUGCACCCUGAGCCAUUCACCAUAGAGAACGGUCUUCUCACUCCAACCUUGAAGGCCAAAAGAUCUGAGCUCAUUCAAUUCUUUAAAGACCAGAUCACCAGUCUCUAUGCUAACAUGCAGUAA